UUUAAUGUAAAAGAUUACUGCUUUUUCACAAGUUUAGGUGUUUGGUUAAGUUUAGAUCUUUGAUUGUGUCACUGGGACUUGUUGAGUUGGGGGACGUAGAAUUCUGCUUGUUUUUAACAAAAUGGGGCAUUCAGCAGCAGAAUGGGAACAUAGGGCAGCCAUUGAGAUUGCAAAAGAUAGGAAUGGGGUAGAACAGGUGGUGCUUCAGAACCAACAAGGGGCUUCAGCACGGGUUAGCUUACAUGGAGGACAUGUCACUUCGUGGAGGAAUAAGCACGGCGAAGAACUCCUGUUCACUAGUAGCAAGACAGUCUCCAAGCCCCCAAAAGCGAUGCGAGGAGGAAUUGUCAUUUGUUUCCCACAGUUUGGGAACUGUGGAUUGCUAGAACAACAUGGUUUUGCGAGGAACAAGGUGUGGGCAAUUGAUGAUAAUCCUGAAAUGCAUCAAUCAAACGAUUCCAAUGGAAAAUCCUUCAUUGAUCUACUACUUAAACCAUCUGAAAAUGACCUGAAGUGUUGGCCCCAUAGUUUUGAGUUUCGACUUAGGGUGUCUCUUGCAACAAAUGGAGAUCUGAACCUGACAUCACGAGUUAGAAAUGUGAACGGCAAGCCAUUUAGUUUCUCCUUUGCCUACCACACUUAUUUUUCGGUUUCUGAUAUAAGUGAGGUGAGGAUAGAGGGGCUGGAGACACUUGACUACUUAGACAACCUUCGCGAAAGAAAAUGCUUUACAGAACAAGGAGACGCCAUAACAUUUGAGUCUGAGGUCAGUCGACUUUAUCUAAGUUCGCCCAAUGUAGUUGCAGUCCUUGAUCAUGAGAAAAAGCGAACAUAUGUAAUAAGAAAAGAAGGACUACCAGAUGUUGUUGUUUGGAACCCGUGGGAGAAAAAGUCGAAAUCUAUGGUUGAUUUUGGUGACGAGGAGUACAAACAAAUGCUUUGUGUGGAUGGGGCAGCAAUAGAGAAACCAACCACCUUGAAGCCAGGCGAGGAGUGGACAGGGCGACUGCAGCUCUCAGUGGUGCCUUCGAGCUUCUGUAGCGAGCACCUUGAUCUUUAGAAGGGAGGUUUUGGAAGACCAGUACAGAUUAUAUAUAGGGUAAAGUGCUUUGAGUUUACGUAGUGCUAGGCCGCUAGCGGAUACUGCAGAAGGGGUCAGUCCCGUUGUAGUUUGUUAAACUUGAAUUCUUCGAACUAGGAUCAGAAAAUGAAACACCGAGACCCGGCUUUCUAUUAAUUUUUUGUGAAAGAGUAGGAGGUGGUUUUCAUUGUGCUAUUAGCCCAAAUAAUAACGUGUUAUGUUAUGCUACA